AUGUCCAGAGUCUGCAGAGAUUUGCUAUGUUUGCUGAAUAACGAAAAGAAUUGUGACGUCCUUCUCUGCGUGGGUGAGGAAGGACAUACAAAAGAGUUCAAAGCACAUUCGCUCAUUCUAUGUGCACGUUCGACUUACUUUGCUGCAGCUUUCGGUGAAGAAUGGGUAAAGAAAGAAGAUAACAAGUAUAUUCUCAACAAACCAAAUGUAACUCCUGCCACUAUGGAUCUCAUUCUAAGAUAUUUGUACGGUGGCGUGGUUGAUCUUGCCUCUCAACGUGCAUCAGUUGUUUUUGAUAUAUUGAUGGCUACAGACGAGUUGGAAUUAUUGGAGCUAUUGAAUGAUGUGCAGCAGUACAUUAUAGAGAAGAAGGAUGAAUUCUUGAGCGAUAAUCUGGUCAAAAUUCUUAGGAAAAUCUGGCUUCACAAAGCUUUUAUUCCUUUACGUAAUAUUUGCAUCGACAUCAUCUGUAAACAGCCCAGUAUUCUGUUUGAUUGUGAUGAGUUUUGUGAAAUACCAGAAUCCAUCUUAAUGCACUUUCUUCAAAGAGAUGACUUGGACUUACCGGAAGUAUUCAUCUGGUGCAGGCUGCUAGAGUGGGGCAUAGCACAAAAUGAUGAGUUAACUCCGACGAGCAAUAUUAGCAGCUGGACGAAGGAAAAUUUUGUAACCCUAGAAAAGACAUUGCAUCAAUGUCUUUGUCAUAUUAGAUAUCAUAAUUUUCAACCACAAGAAUUUCAUGAUAUCGUCAUGCCGUACAAAAAAUUGAUCCCUAAAGAUAUUAAAAACGAUAUCAUUCAGUAUUAUAUAGACCCAGAAACGAGUACGUCUCAAUGGAAGCCUCGAACAGGCACGAAAUAUCACAGUAUGAAAAUCGACUCUGUUAUCAUAGAAAGAACAAUGCUUGACCUAAUUUCCUUGUGGAUCGACACAAGUAAAUAUUUUGCGCAUAAGACAUUUCGAUACGAAUUAUUACUUCGAGGUACAAGGGAUGGCUUUGAUAAUGCCACAUUCCAUAAUCUCUGUGACUAUAAGGGGCCAACGCUGAUUGUCUGUAAGCCUAGCUCGAGUAACGCAAUCAUCGGAGGUUACAAUCCUUUGGAUUGGAUCUUCAACAAAGGAACAUACGGAAACACCAACAGAAGUUUUUUGUUUCAUAUCAAAGAUAUUAAUGACCUCAAUUCCGCACAGAUUGCUCGUAUCAUAAACAGCGCAUACGCCGUGUAUUAUCAUACUUCAUAUGGUCCAUGUUUUGGCGGAACAUCAGACUUAUCUGCAAACGGUACUAAUUGGUCAUCAAGCUCUGGUUAUUAUCCCAAUAUAGGGAUACCUAGAAAUUUCACUAUCCAAGAAUAUGAAGUUUUUAAAGUGAUUAGCUAA